GAUUGAACCAGGGAACACGGAAGUCUUGUACGUGAAGUUGGUGUGAUUUGCCGAGUGCGCGAAGAGAGAUGGAGAAAUGACAGUGAAUUUCCCGAGAGUGUGCUGAAUCCUUGAGGCGAAUUGUGCACUUUUGUCGUGGUGAAUUAUGGACAUAAAACCACUUUCGGAUGUGCAGAAGCAAACAUUUCAGUGUUUAGUGGACAAACUGAUUGCGAGGAAGAAGUUCACGGCACAGGAGGCGGAGGAUUUUCAGAAAUUGGUAGAAAAUGCCAGAAACUCGAGGAAUUUGCAGAAAAUAAUGGAAACGUUCAAGGAUAGUGGAAACAUUGAAGUGGACAAAAUUGAGGAUAGCUUUAAAGAAGAAAACAGCGUUUACAUUAAGGAUACUGCGAGAAAAUUUCCCGGCGGUCAAACACUCACUCCUCGUCACACAAUUGACGCCAUCCUGGGUCUGAACGCGGCCAGAAAUGGUGAUUCUUGCGGUGAGGCAACGGAGAAUCCUAAUCUGCGAUAUACACCAUUAAAUCACAUAAAGGGAGCUGACAAUCAAAUGCUGGCCAGAAACAACUUGAGUGGCUCGUUCAAUUUCCUCGAUGUCGAUAAGUACCAUCUUCAGCCGCAGCAGCUCAAUUACUCAGCAAAUCUCAAGACCGCCUCGAUGGACGCCAGCCCGGUGGACGGCGGCUUCGACGAGGUGUAUCCCGGCAGCAGACCCUUCUGCAAGAUCCUCACGCGCCAGAAUCCCUGCCCCGAGGACUACGACGAAGCGCUCUCGCCGGGCGCCGAGCCCGCGAAGGAUCUCUCGCCCAAGCGGAAGCACUACGAGGAUCUGGACAGCAACGGCGAGGCCAAGAAGAUGGUCUCGCUGGGUCACGACGGCCCAGAGUACAUGAAGACUUUCGGGAGGGACUUCGAGGCCAUGCAGGGCGACCAGAUGAUGGGCGAGGAGUAUCGCGUGGGAUCCACGGAUAUGCGAAACUCCAUCAUUGUCGAUGACGCGAACAGAGUCAAUGACGACUCGAGGCCCAACUCCAACGUGAAUUACGCCUCCAGUGACGAUCUCAACAGGACGAACUCCAGCGAACAGGGCGAGAAGAUCACCUCAGGAAGCGACGAGGAAGCUCAAGAUGACUCGUGCUCGAAGAAGAAACAUCGAAGGAACCGCACCACGUUCACGACUUACCAGUUGCACGAGCUGGAGAGGGCGUUCGAGAAGAGCCACUAUCCGGACGUGUACUCGCGCGAGGAGCUCGCCAUGAAGGUGAACUUGCCAGAAGUCCGCGUGCAGGUGUGGUUCCAGAACCGACGCGCCAAGUGGCGUCGCCAGGAGAAGUCCGAGAGCCUCCGCCUCGGCCUGACCCACUUUUCUCAGCUGCCGCACCGCCUCGCGUGCAACGGAAGCUCGCUGCCCGUGGAUCCGUGGCUCUCGCCGCCGCUGCUCUCCGCCCUGCCAGGCUUCCUGUCGCACCCGCAGACCGUCUAUCCCAGCUACUUGACGCCGCCGCUCAGCCUCACGCCGUCCAACAUCGCCAUGGGCAACCUGGGCCUCGGCACCGGCGGCAGGGUGAUGGGCGGCCAGAUGGGUGGCGGCGUGCGCAUCUCCCCGCCGGCGCACGUCGUCAUGCCGCCCGUCACGAUGGCGCAGAACCCACCGGCCGCCUCGCCGCCGCGCGCCGCCUCGCCCGCGCACAGCGUCUCCAGCAGUCCCACCACGUCGCCCAGCGGCCGCCCGCCGCCCGACGCCCAGCCGCCAGAGAUGGACGCGCCGGCGGACGGCCGCGCGCUGCCCAAGGACUGUGCCAUCAACAUGACGAUGAACAACGCCGACAUUCGCACCAAUUCCAUCGCGACGCUGCGCAUCAAGGCCAAGGAGCACCUGGAAAGCAUCAACAAGGGCCUCACGAUGGCCUAGAUGAGCCAAGAGAUA